CUGGAGGAAGAGCCUGGUCACGGAUCAUCAAGCAGCCGCCCCGCGCCGCUCACGCGCGCCGACUCUCGACAACAACAGCGCCAUUUUCAGCGCCGGAGGAGGCGGGGACGCUGGGAUCUCCCGCGGUACACAGCAGAAGUAGGUCAACCAGCGAUAUCGCCGAGACGUGCGCACUCAGACUGCCGAGAAAACGACAUAUAACGACACCAAUCCAGCCUCGUUCGCCUCCGAUGCGUGUGCUCCGCGCCGCUCUGAUGCGCUCCGCUUCCGGUCCUGGUUGACGUUCAGACGAGUUCUCGGGGUUUUGCUUAUUUUUUCGCAGUUUGCGAGCGAGCUGAACGGAGACGACAUGAGCAACACGCAAAACAGCUCUCUCAGGCCCCCAAGAAUGAAAAGGCGGUUGAGCAGGGAGCGUGAGGACAGCUCGUCGUCCUGCGAGGGUCCAGCAGACUCCUGUAAGAGAGUCAGGCCGCCCGCCGAGGACCCGGGAGACCUGCCGUCCAACUGGGCUCGACUGCCGCAGGAGAUCCUGCUGCACAUCUUCCAGUACCUGCCUCUCCUCGACCGGGCCUUCGCCUCGCAGGUCUGCCGCGGCUGGAACCAGGCCUUCCACAUGCCCGAGCUGUGGAGGUGCUUCGAGUUUGAGCUCAACCAGCCCGCCAGCUCCUACCUGAAGGCCACCCAUCCUGACCUAAUAAAGCAAAUCAUCAAGAGGCACUCCAAUCAUUUGCAGUACGUCAGCUUCAAGGUGGACAGCAGCACCGAGUCGGCGGAGGCUGCGUGUGACAUCCUCUCUCAGCUGGUCAACUGCUCACUGAAGACUCUCGGGCUGAUCUCCACGGCACGGCCCAGCUUCAUGGAGCUCCCGAAGUCCCACUUCAUCUCUGCGCUCACCGUGGUGUUCGUCAACUCCAAGUCCCUUUCGUCUCUGAAAAUUGACGACACGCCGGUGGACGAUCCUUCGCUCAAGGUCCUGGUGGCCAACAACAGUGACACGCUCAAGCUGCUAAAGAUGAGCAGCUGCCCACAUGUUUCUCCUGCAGGUAUUCUGUGCGUGGCUGAUCAGUGUCACGGUCUGAGAGAGCUGGCUCUGAACUAUCACUUACUGAGCGACGAGCUGCUGCUGGCGCUGUCCUCCGAGAAGCACGUGCACCUCGAGCAUCUGCGCAUAGACGUGGUGAGCGAGAACCCCGGGCAGCAGUUCCACACCAUCAAGAAGAGCAGCUGGGACGCCAUGGUGCGCCAUUCGCCCAAAUUCAACCUGGUCAUGUACUUCUUCCUGUACGAGGACGAGUUCGGGCCCUUCUUCCGCGACGAGAUCCCCGUCACGCACCUCUACUUCGGCCGCUCGGUCAGCAAAGAGGUCCUGGGCCGCGUGGGCAUGAACUGUCCGCGUCUGGUGGAGCUGGUGGUGUGCGCUAACGGUCUGCGGCCGCUGGACGAGGAGCUGAUCCGUAUCGCCGAGCGCUGCCAGCACCUGUCGGCCAUCGGACUGGGCGAGUGCGAGGUCUCCUGCAGCGCUUUCGUGGAGUUCGUGAAGAUGUGUGGCCGCCGACUCUCUCAGCUCUCCAUCAUGGAGGAGGUGCUCAUCCCAGACCACAAAUACAGCCUGGAUGAGAUCCACUGGGAGGUGUCCAAGCACCUCGGGCGCGUUUGGUUUCCAGAUAUGAUGCCCACCUGGUGAAAUGUUCAUCGGAAGCCCAUAGGAAGUCAUCAGACUGGGACACUUGUAAGCCGUCGCUAAUAUGGACUUCGAGAUGGGCUUUUUGUGAGUUUCACAGUUGGUUUGGACAUCAGUUUGAUUUGAGAUGAAUAUUCUCACACUGCUUAUAAUACAUGCAGACUGUUGUAAAGGGAUGGUUCACACAGAAAUGAAAACGUUUUUAUCGUUUACUCGGCUUUAAAGGAAUAGUUCACCCAAAAAUGACAAUUCUUUCAUACUUUAUUCACCCUCAAGUAUCCAAAUCUGUAUAAAUUUCUUUGUUCGGCCGAACACAAAGGAAGAUAUUUUGAAGAAAGUUUGUAACCGGGCUUUUCUGUUCACGGACUAUGGGUUUUUGAUCUACUUGAGGGUGAGUAAAUUAAUAAGUCCUUUCAAACAUGUAUGAUCAUCUUCUGUGAAACCAUGAAAGAACAUAUUUUGGAAAAUGUAGUUAUAGUGUCCAUUAACAUUGUAUUAACACCAAUAACUUUCACAAAAGAAAGUCAUACAGGUUUGUAGAAAGACAUUAUGCUGAGUAAAUGAUGACAGCAUUAUUAUUAUUUUUGGACGAACCAUUUCUUGAGUGACAUGUUGUGGCAAAUCUGCAUUUAAUGAGAAAAACACAAAACAUAAUUAAUUAUAUUGAAUUACAUGGUGCAUCGAAAAGAGAUGAAGCCCAUUUAAGGACCAUUUGCCAAAACAAUUAAGCCUUUUUUCCAAUAUCAUCUCUUUGAGUUAUUGUUUGACUUAUUAAUUCCAUUAGAUACUCAUCACUGCAAUGAAACAAUUGCUACAGCUCUGUUGUUAUUUAAUCGGCGAAAAGGCAGUGCAACAAAUUUCACUAUGACCUAUAUAUUAAGAAAACUGCCUGAAUCUCAAUGUUUGAUAAUGUACAUCACAAAAUUAAGCUUAUUUGUGAAAAAUACUGACUUUUAACCCGGGCUGCUUUUCCUCGGCUCUGGGCAUUUUGGAAAAUUUACUAAUUUCUUUUUUUUUUUUAUUUCCCCUAUUGACAUUUCCUUUUAUAAACCUAAAUCAAGGAUCGCCGUACAUGGCAUGUAUAUACUGUAAGUUACGUUUUCAGGUUGCGUGCAGGAUAAAAAUGAGAAAUUGAAUCUAGAAAAGAACCUGCAACUGAAAUGAGUUCAUGUCGAUGCAGAUAUUCAUCACUCGUGUAUUUAGAUGAACAGGCUCUCUGUCUUUGUAGACGCUCUCAGCAGACUCUUCACUCUUUCUUAGUCCCGCUGUGUAUCUGUAUGUCUUCAGUGGCUCAACGUUUAAGCAACCAACCAUCCUUUUUUUCACCCAAACGCCUGUCCGCGGGGGAUGUUAGAGCCCAUCCCAGCAUUGUUUUGACUAAACUGACCAAUCUGAAUCUGCUUUGAACGGCAGGCUCUCUCUAGGAGCCUUCAGCGGCUCCUCUUAGUGGCAUGAAAAGCCAUAGAACUAGUGAGAGCGGUUGUCUCUUGCUAACUAGUGGCCUCUCACUGUGUUCGCCAACACGAAGAUGAACCUAAAAAGUAGCGCAGGACCAUCAGGGUUGGGCUUUCGGCUUUAUGUAGAUAGUCGAUGGAACUAUAUUUUACGCGAUUCGAACGUUUUGUAAUAUAAGAGGUUUGGUAUUGCAGUGCUUUUGUACAAAGAUGUAUAGUGAAUAAUAUGCACCUUAUACCAAAUUGGAAUCAGUUUUUGGUGGUUCAGGUGAGUAGAAAGCUAAAGGUGGCUCGUAUUUUGGUGUAGCAGGGUGAUAAAACAGCGUGUUUUUACGGUCUUGGGUAUGUCGUAGGGGAAGGAGGUGAAAGGAUCGGUGUUCGGCUCACUGGCGUCCUAUAAUUUGGAAGAAAAUGGUGAAGGGAUACAAUGAAGCGUUGAGUUAGAUUUUAUUAGAUUGCGUGAAGAAUGUCGUGCGACGGCAAAUCGAACGGGAUGCGAAUUACUCUGGAUAUGCACGGUCUGGCUGCGUUAAAAUGUGCCCCUUGGUUUCAGUUCAAUAUGAUCCAGUAUUGGAGUGAAGCAGCGAAAGCAUUUUCCUUUAAGAAGGAAGUCCCACGUGUCUGUAUAUAAAAAUGCUGUGUGUUUGAUAUAAAUAGAAAUACUUAUUUCUCGCGCGCCCUCUGUGGAGGUUUGAAGUGUACCCGUGCUGAUCUCUUUCAGAUGAGUGGGUAUUACUCUUUGAUGGAUCUUCGUACCCUUGUAAUUAGAUUUGAUCGGUGUAAUUUAUUGAUGCGUAUUUUUUAUUAUUAUUAAUCGGCUUACAUUGAUAGUUGAGCUUUGAGUAAGAGGCUCCUUGUUGGUUUAAUGUUUGUAAAGUCAGUAACCAUGAUUCAUUUGAACCAGUUAUCCGGAUUUAAAGCGGUUUUAGCUUUCGCUAAUGGUUGUAGAGCCUAAAUCAAGUGAACUGCGAUUCCUCUCAGCAUUUGAAAGUGAAAUAUUACUAAAAAUGAUCGGAAAAGGGAAGCCAGAGCCCAGCAGUUGACACGCACACACAAAUCCACGAGCUCUUCUUUAGUCAGCAGCGCGUAGCUUGCCGAUUUGACACAAGAAGCUUUUUGUUAGACUAGCUUGUUGCAUCAACGUGUAAUCCUGAGCAUAGGAAAUGAGUAAAACGUACACACGACAAAUGCAUUUGAUUUGAUUAUUUUUAUUUUUUCUGAAGCAAGUGAGCAUAUUGCUUGUAUUGCGAAUAUAAAAGCAUUGUUUCUUUGUGUUUGUGCGUAAAAAACAUUGUCUUUUAUUGAAAUAAGGGCAAAUAAACAUUGUGUGGAAAAAUUGUGGAUGCUUUACAGAUCAUUUAUUCAUCAAUGCAGUCGCAGCAAUAAAACAUUAAAGGAUUAUUGUGUUAGUAUAAAUUAUUAAACGCUUUAUACGAAAAAUCUGGAAUAGGAAUAAAAAAGCAUUAAAAAAAAAA